AAAACUUGUAGAAAUGUCGAAAAAGAACGCUUUUUUCUAUUUUAUGUUGGAGUAUAAGGGCCUCGAAGAGGCUAAAGGACGAAGAUUUAAAAAUCUUAGUGAAGUGACUCCUUUAGCCGGCGAUAUUUGGCAGAAAAUGGACGCUGCCAAACGCGAACGAUACAUUCUGAUGGCAAACCCGGCCAAAAAUGCAAAAGUACAGCCAGAAGCAGCAACGGUACCGGAGGCUGCACAAGCAAAAUGCGUAACAAAAGAGCUUCUUCAGGAACGGUUGAAAAGGGUUGUUUCUGUAAAUGAACUAGUCAAGGAAAACUUUUACCUGAUUUCGAUUGGAUACUUUUGCCGUACGAUCGAUGAUGUUUACAUUCCGGCUGAGAUAGGUGUAAUCAAGUAUAGUCUCAAGUAUGGCGUACAAGAGCGAUUUCACAUGCUCAUAGAUCACGAGAAGCUACCGACCGGUAUGGCAUACGAAGCGCUGCAUCACUCCAAUGGUACCCAUGCCCUGCCACUUCCACCGCACGGAUUAGGUGUAAAGGAUUACAAUGAAAUAGCUUCGAAAUUGUUAGACUUUCUCCAAGCGGAAGAUGAAAUUCCGAUGCUGUUCACGGCUGCGAAGGAAGCAUCAGCAAUGAACGGUAUGCUUCUGAACAUCCUAGGUGAACAUAUACAAAACAGGGCACUGCACAUUUGCUCUGUAGCGGAAUUGUACAUGCAGCUGCAACAUGCCUCGGCGCGGUGCAACCAAAGCAGAACGGCCUUUAAGACAGUGCAUAUCGCGCAGAAACUGCUGGAUGAUGAUGUUUAUAGCUAUACAGAAGGCAUCAGCUGCGAUUAUCACGAAUAUCAUAGCUUGCUAACGCACUGCGUCCUGUCCCAGUGCAUCCGUUGGGCGUAUAGCAUUUCACGUGACUGUUGUGCGGACAUGGGCAUUGAAUUGAUUCCAGGCUUCCAUAUGCCGGGACGGAAAGACUUGGAACAUCAUUUCGAUGAGAUUAGCGGGACCAUUUCCGACGAUCAUGCGUCUAGUGACAAUGAGCAUUUGAACGAUUGUAACGUUUCGUUCGUGUCGUAUGGAACCAGUAUAACUUCUUUACCGCUAGAACCAGGUACGAUCGAAGAUUUACCCAUUAACAUUAAGCCAGAUAGGGCAGAAAACAACAAGCAGGAAGUCCCUUCUGGCCAGGUGCACGUGUCAGAGCACCGGAAUAAUCUGCAAAGCGAAUCAAUCGUGCAGAACAUGGGUCUAUUGAAUCUGAAGGAGUCAGAUACGCCAGGUUAUCGUUUGACUGCUCGUGGUAAAGCUUUAAUUUAUGGUGACGAGGACGCUUUUUCGGUUGGAUUUAAAAGCUGUUCAGAGUUAAUGCACUGUCCAAAGUGUUUUCAUAAAUUCAAGAUAGUUAACAAAGAAUAA